AUCUUGUUUAGUAUUUUAUUAUGUACAAGAUAAAAUAAACAUAGAUUUACAUCCUUUUUAAUGAAAAUAAACAAUUGAAUGAAUAAAGUAUAUUUCACAGUUAAUAAUACAUAAUUAUGAAUAGAAGUGAUAAAUGUCUUCAUUUUCUUCUUAUUUGUAAACUGGUUGUUUUACUUUCAUGGAUUAUAUAAUCUAGGCUAUAUAUUGAACAGGUUGAAUGAUGCUCAAUAAUAUAACUCAAUUAACAACAAUGAUAACAACCAUAGCAUCAACAAUAACUACAAACAAUGUAUCAACAUUACCAAUAAAUGAAGUGAAUCAAUCUAUGACAACAACAUCAUUAGUAACAACUACCAAUAUUAUGCCAAUAAUCAAUGCAAAAUGUAAACCUAUUGAAUCAUUAGAAUUAUUUGGACGUGUUUACGGUGAUAUGCAUGGAUAUAUUACAUUAUUUCUAUGUCCUAUAUGUGUAUUAUCUAAUAUUUGUAUUGUAAUUGUACUUAAUCAACGUGAUAUGAUAUCACCGACAAAUUUUCUAUUAACAUCAUUAGCAAUCAGUGAUGGUUUAUUGAUGAUUUUCUAUAUACCAUUUACAAGUUAUUUCUUAAUUGGUCGUCAUACACGUAAUUCAACUUAUAAUUGGGCUGUUUAUCUUCUAUUUCAUAUUAGUCUACAAAAUUUUCUUCAUUUAACUUCAAGUUAUAUUGUUGUUGUUAUAGCUGUAUUUCGAGUUCUCUAUGUAAAAUUUAUAGUCAAAUGUCAAAUUUUAUGCAGUAUGCAAAGAGCUAAAUUUGCUAUUACAAUAGUAUUUAUAAUUAGUAGUAUAUUAUCUAUUCCAUGUAUUAUGAAUCAUCAUAUUGUACAAAAUAAUAAUGAACAAAAAUUAAAUAGUUACAUGGUUACUUAUGUAGAUAAUGAAGUUAUGUUAAAUUAUCUUUAUUGGAAUACAGCAAUUUUUUUGAAACUUCUACCAUUAUUAUGUUUAUGUGUACUUAGUUUUAUGAUUAUAUAUACAAUACGUAGACAAAAUUCACGGAUGAGAAAAAUGAAAACCAAAUCAAUCAUAUGUGUUGAUCGUAUUAUUGAAACAUCUAGUUCACAUAAUCCAACUAGUUCAAAUUCAAUCAUCAUUAAUAAUAAUGAAUUAGAUCAAAAUCAAAAUCAAUUAAAUAAUCAUGAUAUAAAAGAGAAGAUUAAAUUUCAACCCAUUCAUGGAUCUAAUACUUUAUCAUAUAGAACUAAUUCAAUGUAUAAAAAUGUUACUCUAUUAAAAAAACGUAAUACAUUUGAAAAUGAACGUGAAAAAGCAGAAAAUAGAAUGACAAAAUUUUUAUUAGCUAUUGUUUUCAUAUUUAUGAUAACAUUACUUCCUCAGGCAAUAUUAUUAUUUUUAAGUGGACUUGUGGGUGAUUGUUUCACAGAUACUGUGUAUAAUGCAUUGGGUGAUUUUAUGGAUCUAUUGACAAUUGUUAAUAAUGGUAUUAAUUUUAUACUGUAUUGUUCAAUGUCACAUCAAUUUCGUACAACUUUCAUACAAUUUUGUACAAGGAUAUUUAAAAUAUGUAAAAGGACCUAAUGCCCAAUAUUGAUAAAUCUUCUUUUAAAUGCAUUUUUUAACAUCUCAGCCGUGUUCUUCAUACAUUUCACAUUUCCGCAGUGAAAUACGUAUGUACAGGUAUCUUCUCAUUCCCUGUUAAAUACAGUAGAACAAUAAUGAAAUAAAAAUACAUAUGAAACUAGAGGAAAAGAACUGUAAAUGUGAUAUGUAACUAGAAUAAAUAAAAAUUCAGUUUUCUUCACGAGAUUUGAUUGUAUCUUACUUAUUGUCUAUUUAUUGUUUACAAUAAAACCACAAUUAUGUUUGGUAAUCCAAUGUUAUUCUAAAAGAAAAACUGAAUACAA